AUGCCUUCGUGGUUGAUUACCGGCGCUAAUAGGGGGAUUGGGUACAGCACAGUUGAAGCCUUGCUGCAAGAUGACUCCAAUUUUGUCAUUGCCACGAGUCGUAAUGCCUCCGCUCCAUCGCUCGUUGCAUUAUCUGCAAGAUACCCUAAGACACUGAGGGUAAUCGAGCUCGACAUCGAGAGCCCAACAAGCAUAGAAAAGGCUGUGAUCGCUUCCACCCCACUCCUUCCAUCCGGGCUCGACUACCUCAUCAACAACGCCGCGAAGAACCCACAGCCGAGCACCAAAUUCGAGGACCUUGACCUUGAUGUAUUCGGUUAUGAGAUGCAGCUGAGCACUGUUAUACCUUUACGCGUCUCACGCGCGUUUCUCCCGCUGGUUAAGAAGAGCGAAAUGAAGAAGAUAAUAUUCGUCAGCUCGGUGCUGGCGUCUUUCGAGACCACGUUUGUGAUGGUAAACCAAAUGAACGCAUACAGCGUUGGGAAAGCUAGUUUGAACAUGCUCACGCGUAAAUGGGGCGCGUCCUUGAAGUAUGACGGUGUCACAACAGCUGCCAUCCAUCCAGGUUGGACGAAAACGGAGCUUAGCGACUGCCUCACUGACUGGAUAUCCACAUAUGCACCACAGAUACCACGACUCACCACCGAUGAAGCUGCUGCAUGCUUGAUCAAAACAUCCGAGGCUCUCGCUCUCGAGAAAACAGGACUAUUUUGGAACUUUGAUGGAUCGAACCUGGCAUGGUAG